CUAUCCGUACCGCGUCGUUGCAAACAGAUGUGAACUACUUGCUUCAGACUUACCUCAUUUGUUGAUUUUCCUCAUCAUCUCAUAAAGGAUCAAAGGUGAAUUUCAGUGUCCUUUACUUGUAAAGUAAUGUUUAACUACCAGCUACUUACGACCUGUGAAAAAGUUCAUGUUGACUUCUUUAAUUAGAUUAUCUUUUGUUUCGAACACUGGGACUUUAAGGUAAAAAGGCUUUUUCACUGUAAUCGACAACGAACAGCUGGGUGUUUUAGCUUUUUAUCGCGUCUUGUAACAUUUGUUUUAAGGAAUCAUCUUUUUAGUGUCGUGAUUUAAUGGCACGCGAUCGUAGCAUAGAAGUCACGCGCAUCAGCUGAGCGGUGUCUAGUACUACUGUAAAUUGUUUACCAAACUAGUCUUUUAUUUAAUGAUAGAAUGUGGAGAAUAAAUAUCUUCCUUAAGUUUUAGACGUAAUUAUUCCUUGUAGGCAUCAAAGUGUCAAUAGCCACGAUGACAUCUAAACCUAACCAAAAGGAAAACAAUUCGGAAACUGAUCAUGCUCCUGGCGAUGAAGAAAAAGCAAAGAAAGAAGAACUGGUAGAGGCCAGAAUGAGGAUGAUUAGGAAGAAAAAUGAAGAACUCAUGAGAAGACAAAAGGAGAUUGAAGAAGAUCGCAAAAAUGCUGACAUGUAUAGUGAAAUGGCAGUUAAGAAAAAUCCAGCUAAUUUUCCUUCAGGAGUUAACAAGGAAGUUGCAGGCACUGGAUCGGGCAGAGGUAGAGGAAGAGGGUUAAUGUUGAGAGAAAUGAGAAAGGAGACUCUAAAAGCCAAACAGUGGGAGGCUAAAAGAAGGGAAAAUAUCCAGAAGGAAGAAGAAGAGAGGAAAAAGAAAGCAGAGUCUUCUAGUCCGACCUCCAGGUUUCUUGUAGAUAACGAUCGAGUUGAUAUGUCCAAGACAUCAGGAAGAAAUGAGCGGUCAUGGGGUGGAGCCAGUUUUAAUCAAGUCAUUAAUCGAGUGCAAAGAGAAAAGGAAGGCUUUCGGCCAGGUCGUAAUAAAGGUAACAUAGAGCUGACUAUGUCAGGUAAAGAGAGACGAGAAUAUUCUCAGUGGAAAGAGGAGAGGUCAAGAAUUGACGAGGAGAGGAAAGCACGUCAGAAAAAGACAGGAAAUUGGAGUCGUGCUUGGGAUCAAACCAAAUCAUGGGACUCAAGAAAGAAAAUGUGGGUGAAUGAGAACGACAAUGAUGAUAGUUUUAGAAAUACAAGACGGCGAGAUAGUGAUGAUGCUGAUGACUGGGGCAGUGAUAACAGGAACAGAAGAAGAGAUUAUGGACGACAAGAAUGGGAAAGAAGAGGUCCCAGGAGUAAUUCUAGAUUUGCACAGCAUGAUGAUCGCGAGGUGUGGGGUGAAACAAGUGAAAAGAAAGUUGUUGCUCACAUAGAUAGUAGUGGAGGCAAGCCAGAGAAAGAAGAAGAUUGGGGUGAUACAGGUGAAAAUAAAAGUGUUGAAAAGUCAAAUUCUGGCGGAAUGAUGGCCUUCGAAGAAAACUGGGGUGACGACUCAACUGAAAAUACAAAGAACAUUAACCAUACAGCUCCAGCAAAUGGAAUGCCAGUGACAGAAGAAUGCGGGCAAAUAAAGGAAAAUAAAGUUAUAAAGCACACAGAUUCUGGGAGGAUUCAGCUGACAGAAGAAAAAUGUGAUAAAAUAACUAACGAGGCACUGGCUGAACCAAAGGCGCUUGGAUCUACAACUGAAGAAGAAGCUGUCAUGAGCUCUCAUGAAUCACCCACAAUCAGCAAUCCAAGUCUUGGUGAGAAACAGAGGGAUGAAUUAUGCACAACUGAAAGUAAAGAAAUAUCUAACACACCCAUGAAGGGACACACCCAUCAUGGUGUUGAUCCUAAGCCACAACGAGAAUUUGUUAAACAAAGAAGAAGACCACUGGAUUCAGAUGGCAGUGAUCAGGUUAAAGACAGUAAAGAACUUGCUCCAGUUAAAGAAUUUAUACAAGACAGAAUGUUAUUUGAUAAAAAAGAUCGUAGUGAGGUAGUCACAGUCACACAUGAGCAUGCUGAUGUUAAACACGGUGAUCAGGAUGAAAUUUCUUCAACAAGUGAAAUCACAGAAAUGAAAUUAAGUCACCAAGACAGGGAAGGAAAUGGAGAGAAAAAUCCUGUAGAUGCUGAAAACAGAGAUAGUGUACCAAGAAGUGUGCUUGAUGAUAAAAAUCAUGGUACUACAAUUAUACCAAAUGUUCUUCCCACAGAAAAAGAAAAAACUGAUAAAGUUGAUGGAACUAUAACUCACAAAUCUGGUGCUGAAAAGGCUCGUCUGCCAAAAAUUAACACCAAGGUUGAAAAGAAAGUGACAUUUGACUCAGAAGAAAAUGAAAAUGUCAAAGAAACCAAUGCAGAGGAUUCACCAUCAUUAAAUAUUGGUGACAUUCCUCCUACCCCGGACUUUUUAAAAAUUGAUCACAAUUUAGAGUGGGGUGACAUUGAAGUUGAUGCUGAUGCAUCUGAAGUAAUUGAGCCUAAAUGGUGA